AUUGAACGACUGGCCUUGGCCUUGUCUGCGAUCGUAGUCAAAGAGAAACUCUGAGUGCUAUCUCAGCUCUGUCGAGAGCAGGUUUCUGAGCUUGUAUUAUUGGGGUGGGUGAAAUGCAGUCCGGGUGCUGGUCCUCUCUCUGGCCCCUGUGGCCCUUGCUGUUGGCCGGACUCUUUCUGUCGGCUGGGGCCCUGGAGUUUGGCGGAGCCCCGGGGCAGUGGGCUCGCUACGCCCGCUGGGAGGCCGGUUCCAUCGGGGAGCUCAGCUUUAGCCUGAAGACCAACGUGAGCAAGGCACUGGUUCUGUACCUGGACGACGGUGGGAACUGUGACUUUCUGGAGCUGAUCAUCGGCGGCGGACACCUGCAGCUGCGCUUCGCCAUCCACUGUGCCGAGCCGGCCGCCCUCCAGAUGGAGACCCGUGUCAACGAUGACCGCUGGCACAUGGUGCUGCUCACUCGCAACUACCGCGAGACCAUGCUGAUGGUGGACGGGGAGACCAAAGUGGCGGAGGUGCGUUCCAAGCGCAAGGAGAUGGCGGUCGUCAGCGACCUGUUCGUGGGGGGCAUCCCACCGGAUGUGCGUCUCUCCGCGCUCACGUCCAGCACGGUCAAGUACGAGCCUCCGUUCAUGGGUUUGAUCUCCAAUCUGAAGGUGGGCGAGAUGCCUCCCACUCUUCUCAACAGCAACGGCAUUCAUAACGAUCUGGAGUAUCUGUGCGUCAAGCAGAACCCCUGCCUCAACGGAGGAUACUGCAGCGUCCAGUUCGGCGAGGUCCACUGCGACUGCUCCCACACACGCUUCCGAGGGAAAUACUGCAAAGAAGAAGAGUACGCGGUGGAAGGUAAGCGGCUGAUUAAUAACAGUUAAUGAAGCUGUGUGAUGGUGAGGAUUGGUGUCGGCCGCAGCCAGGCCGCUCUCAGAUUGGACUGCGGUUUUGGCGACUUCU